GUGGACCAAAGCCGGAGAGAAAGACAGAGGGGGCAGGGAAGGAAGAAAUGGUGUGUGCUGGAAAGUUGUUCGCCUCCCAUGGAGUGGGAUGGAUAGAUGGAGAGAGGUAUGUGGGAGGGGAGAUGAGUUUAGGUUACACACAGGGUUCCUGCUGUCACAGGAGGAAAUCCUGAGAUCGGGUCAGUUGAGCCUCAUCGUAUCUGUUUCUGUUCCUCUCUCUCUUUUUGCUCUCUUUCUCUCCCUCUUUGUGAUUUAAGUGGCUUUGUUUUUAUGAUCUACGUCUCGGAUCAGAGCAGACUACUCCACUCUAAUGCCCUUCCCUGACCUCCACGGCUGGAUGAGACACUGAAAGGAAAGCACAGCAUCGGGGGUUAGUAAGGAUGACUUCGGCAGGAGCGAUGCCCCCCUCUCCUCCUGAUCGCUCCGUAUCCCGAGACUCACAGGAUUCCAUGGAGGAUUACUGGAGUGAAAUGAGGAACAUCGAGGAGAACUGCCAAGGAGGCCAGGAGGAGAUGAUUGAGAAGGGCAGCAUUGAUGAAGCAGAACUGGAGGAAGCAUGGCUGCAUGAAGCAGGUCUCUCCACACUGGUGUCCGGACCUCUCACUGACAGUCCUACAGAGGCUCUCCUCUCAACACUCACUCGCUCUCAAGCCGCCAUGGUGAAGAAACGCCUGGACAACUACACUCAAACCUUACGCACGAGGAACAAGCAGCCCAUACGCCAUGUCCGGGACGUCUUCUCCACGGCUGACACAUCGUCUGCUGAACCAACACCCAGCGUGUCCCCAAAUGGGACAAUUGCACCAAAACUGCCCCACUGGACACCUCCCAAAGUACGCAAGUCAUGCACAGCGUUCACGCCUGUGGAGAGCAGUAUGUCGGAGAGUCAGUCGGAGACACAUAUCUUGUCGUUUGAAGUGCCGUAUUCUGAAGCAGUGACAGUUCAUCGGAAAGGCCAUGACCGCCUUGACUGCCAAAGGAUCUGGAAAGGAGACAAGGAUUUACCAGCAUUUCAGAUCGUGAAGACGAAGCAGGGGCUGACCAGAGUGCAAGACCUGUCCUCGGAAGACAUUAAGAAAAUCGGCUAUAUCUGUCUGAUAGAGCUAACCACGUUUUAUGAUGCCCUGGGCAUCGAGCUGAAGAGGAACAGGGAAGUUCGUAGCAAGGUGCGGGAAACGGGCAUAUUUGGAGUUCCCCUGACUACGUUGUUGGAAAAUGACCAAAAGAAAUUUCCUGGCUCUAAAGUUCCUCUUGUUUUCAAAAAGCUGUUGUCGAAGUUGGAGCAGACGGGCCUGCAGACGGAAGGAAUACUCAGGGUACCUGGCUCCGCCUCUAGAGUAAAGCACUUGCGUCAGGAGUUGGAGGCGAAGUUUUAUGACGACAGUUUUGACUGGGAGCAGGUGAGACAAAACGAUGCAGCUGGUCUGCUGAAGAUGUUCAUCAGAGAGCUGCCGUACCCCCUGCUCACACUGCAGCACUUGCCCGCCUUCACCGCCGCACAAAAUAUCACAUCACACAAACACCAGCUGCAGGCUCUGCACCUCCUCAUCCUGCUUCUGCCCGAGGCUAACAGAGACACUCUGAAGGCUCUGCUGGAGUUUCUAAGGAAGGUAGUGGCGUAUGAGGAGAAGAACCGCAUGAGUCUGUGGAACGUCUCCAUGAUUGUGGCGCCGAAUCUAUUCACGUUUAGGGGAAAGAAGGCCAAGCAGGAGGAGAUGCAGGGGGCGGCAGAUGCAGCUCACCUGGUCCGCCUUCUCAUCGUCCACCAGGACAUUCUGUGGACGGUGCCGUGUUUCCUCAUCUCUCACGUGCGGAAAAUGAACGAGGCUUCCAUGAGUAAGAAGACUCCCAGCUCAGAGAAGACUAAGAGGAAACUACUGAGGAGACGCAACGCCGACAGAGAAAAAGAAAGGAGUGAGGUCACUGAUCUUCGUGAAGGGGUCAUCAGGGUGCAGGCACCACUACAUGCCAAGAUCUCCAUGGCGAUCCAGCUGGACAGUAAGACGAAGGCUCGGGACGUGAUGGCGCGAUUUGAUUUCGAGAAUGGGCAAGCUUCUCGAAACAGCAGUAGAAAACAGAAGCGUUUUUUGUUCGAGGUUGGAGGGAAUAUCGGGGAGCGCUGCCUUGAUCCGGACACUCACCUGCUAGAGGUUUACCGCGUGAAUCCUCACUGUGAAUGGGUCCUGAAGUCCAGAACAACCUGAGCGUAUUUAGGCUACAGCUACAGAUCGACUGAGGACGCUACAGCUGGGUCUCCUUUGUGCUCAUUUCAGGAUACGGGUCAUGAAAACAGGAGAUUGGAGAAGCAGCCCCUCUUUCCAAAACACGUUUAAAAAAAACAAAAAAAACAUGCAAGUUUUUAAACAAUGGAGCUGAGACAACCUCAUAUUCCCGCUUUUCAGAUAUUUAGAAGGAUUUUGAUUUAUCCUUCAAGUCUUAAUGUGGAAAGCUGGAUUUGAGGCAGGCACUCUCCAGAAAGAAGGCUUUUCUUGUUUGUUUGGGGUUUUUUUUUUUUUUCCUUUCUUCUCCACGGCUUGCGUCAUACAGGAUGAACAAUGCAAUGCUGGUCAUUGAAACUGUUUCAUGCCAAAAACAUGGGCUUCUAUCUUAUUGAUUUAAGGCCACUGUUGAAGCAUGUUUUCCCAAUGCGUACAAGGCCUCAAAUGUAAACAAAAAAACAAACAACAAAACAAAACAACAAAAAAAAAACAAAGCAUGUACAUAUAAUAUUUAUACCACUAAUUUAUCUAGGUAUCUUGAGAUUUUACCAUGUAAACCGUAGCUGGUUUUGUAUUACUUGCAUACACUGACUGCAUGCUUGCGAUUAAGCCAUGUGAACUUUAUGAACUUUAUGAUUAGGUACCUUAUGCAUACUGAUCAUAUAGUUAUCAUUAUUUUACCAAGUGAACUUUUAAAUGCCAAUUCACAAUGCGCUGAUGUGGAUUCAGUAGCUGUGCUGCAUGAAACCCUAACAGGCUCUAGUGACUGUAGGCCGUCUGUUUUAAGCACUACAUUAUGAAAACUUUCUUGCACAGUAACCUGUGGACUGUGAAUUUACAAUGCAAAUGAGACUCGACUGUUCUCGACAACUAAACUGAAGUAGAGAGUGAUAACCAUGCAGGCAAACGGGCUCAUUGUGGAGCCUUAGGUUUCUGAACAAGCUGAUAAGGACUGGUUUUUUAUUUCGUUUCCACUUUCACUUCAACCCAAUGCCUGUUUAGAGUUCGGUCCAUAAUCCUCCUCAAUCCUCCUGCAUCCAGUAGGCCAGCCGUACAUCUCGCCUCUGCUCAUUGCCAACACUAAGGUCACUGUUACUCUUAACACUAAGUAUUGUAAACAAAGAUGAACUCACUGCUCUAGUAAUUGGUUCUCUUUUUGUACAAGGACUUUUUUUUUAUUUUUUUUUAAAUAAUGUACUCAACUGUGUUAUAUUUUUAUUUUUUCGUUUUUGUAUUAACAUGAUUUGACACUGCCAA